GACCGCAGCCCGGGCUCCCCACGUGACGGCGGCAGCGGCAGGAUGGCCUCGGGGAGCCGGAGGGUCCCUCCCGCGCUGCUGCUGCUGCUGUGUGCGGCCGCCUGGAGCUGUGCCGGGGGCCUGGAGCACGACCAACCCUUCCGGGUGCCCCCCGGCUGGCAGCUGGCAGGCGCCGUGAGCCCCGGGCAGGAGCUGCAGCUGACCUUCGCCCUGCGCCAGCGCGGCCUGGGGCGCCUGGCACGGGUGGUCGAUGCCGUCUCGGACCCCCUCUCGCCGCAGUACGGCAAGUUCCUGAGCCUGGAGCAGCUGCGGGCACUGGUGCAGCCCUCCCCGGGCACGCUGCUGGCCGUGGGCAAGUGGCUGCGGCGCCACGGCGUGGAGCGGUGCCACAGCGUCGCCACCCUCGACUUCCUGCAGUGCCACAUGCCUGCCAGCGUGGCAGAGCAGCUGCUGCCCGGUGCCCGGUUCCAGCGCUACGUGAAGGGGGCACUCAGUGCCAUCCGCUCCCCCCUGCCCUACACCGUGCCUGAAGAGCUGGCACCGCACCUGGACUUUGUGGGAGGCCUGCACCGGUUCCCGGCGGAGCGGCGGGAGGUGGCACGAGCCUGGGCGCGGCAGGCCGGGGGUCAGCGGCGCCAGGGCGGCACCCACCCGGGCAGCUUCCACCUGGGCGUGACGCCCGCGGUGCUGCGGCAGAGCUACAACCUGAGUGCGGCUGACGUGGGGCAGCUGCCCAACAACAGCCAGGCCUGUGCCCAGUUCCUGGAGCAGUACUUCCACCAGGCCGACCUGGCAGAGUUCAUGCGGCUCUUCGCGCGCGGCUUCGCGCACCGCAGCCGUGUGGACCGCGUGGUCGGGCGUCAGGGCGCGGCCGGGGCGGGGCUGGAGGCCAGCCUGGACGUGCAGUACCUCAUGAGCAGCGGCGCCAACAUCUCCACCUGGGUCUUCAGCAACCCAGGGAGGCACGAGAGCCAGGAGCCCUUCCUGGCAUGGCUGCUGCUGCUCACCAACCUGUCCUCGGUGCCCUGGGUGCACUCCGUCAGCUACGGCGACGACGAGGACAGCCUGUCCCGCGCCUACCUGCGCCGCGUGGACGCCGAGAUGCGGAAGGCUGCGGCCAGAGGCCUCUCCCUGCUCUUCGCCUCCGGUGACGAUGGCGCUGGCUGCAGGAGGCUCCCGGGGGGCAACCACACCUUCCGACCCAGCUUCCCAGCCUCCAGCCCCUACGUCACCACUGUGGGGGGCACCUCCUUCAAGAACCCCUUCCUGGUGACCACCGAGGUGAGCGACUACAUCAGCGGCGGCGGCUUCAGCAACGUCUUCACCAUGCCCACCUACCAGGCGGCGGCCGUGCGGCGCUUCCUGCGCCAGGCGCCGAAGCUACCUCCCAGCUCCUACUUCAACGCCAGCGGCAGAGCCUACCCGGACCUGGCAGCGCUCUCGGACAACUACUGGGUGGUGACCAACCGCUUCCCGCUGCCCUGGGUGUCGGGCACCUCGGCAUCCACGCCGGUCGUGGCGGGCAUAGUGGCACUGAUCAACGACCGCCGUCUGCAGCGGGGGCUGCCCCCGCUGGGCUUCCUCAACCCCGCGCUUUACCGGCUGCAGGAGAGCGGCCACGGCGCUGCGCUCCGCGACGUGACGCAGGGCUGCCACCUGUCCUGCCUGGACGGCACCGUGCAGGGUCAGGGCUUCUGCGCCAGCCCCGGCUGGGACCCGGUCACCGGCUGGGGCACCCCCAACUUCCCCGAGCUGCUGCGGGCGCUGCUGCCGCCGUGACGCGGGACAUGGAGACGGACACCGGCACACCGGGCGGACACCGGGACACGCGACAUGGAGGCGCGGGGACAGCGAGGGACAGCGGGGAACAGCGAGGGACAGCGGGGAACAGCGGGGGACAGCGGGGAACA